AGGAAAGACUUUGAAAUCAGCCAGAUCCAGAGCAAAAUUGAGGAUGAGCAAGCCCUGGGCAUGCAGUUACAGAAGAAGAUCAAGGAGCUGCAGGCCCGUAUUGAGGAACUGGAGGAGGAAAUUGAGGCAGAGCGAACCUCUCGGGCAAAAGCAGAGAAGCACCGGGCUGACCUCUCCAGGGAGCUGGAGGAGAUCAGUGGGCGCCUGGAAGAAGCAGGAGGGGCUACGGCAGCUCAGAUUGAGAUGAACAAGAAGCGGGAGGCAGAAUUUCAGAAGAUGCGCCGUGACCUCGAAGAGGCCACGCUGCAGCACGAAGCCACGGCUGCUGCCCUGCGGAAGAAGCAUGCGGACAGCACAGCGGAGCUUGGGGAGCAGAUCGACAACCUGCAACGAGUCAAGCAGAAGCUGGAGAAGGAGAAGAGUGAGCUGAAGAUGGAGAUUGAUGACUUGGCCAGCAACAUGGAAUCUGUCUCCAAAGCCAAGGCAAAUCUGGAGAAGAUGUGCCGCACUCUGGAAGACCAGCUGAGUGAGCUUAAAACCAAGGAGGAGCAGAAUCAGCGCAUGAUCAAUGACCUCAAUACCCAAAGAGCUCGUCUGCAGACAGAAACAGGUGAAUAUUCACGCCAGGCAGAGGAAAAAGAUGCUUUGAUUUCUCAGCUGUCUAGGGGCAAGCAGGGAUUUACCCAACAAAUUGAGGAACUGAAGAGACAUCUAGAGGAAGAAAUAAAGGCCAAGAACGCCCUGGCCCACGCCUUACAAUCUGCUCGCCAUGACUGUGAGUUGCUUCGGGAACAAUAUGAAGAGGAGCAGGAAGCCAAGGGUGAGCUGCAGCGUGCCCUGUCCAAGGCCAACAGUGAAGUGGCCCAGUGGAGAACCAAAUAUGAGACAGAUGCUAUUCAGCGCACAGAGGAGCUGGAGGAGGCCAAGAAGAAGCUGGCACAGCGCCUGCAGGAUGCAGAGGAACACGUUGAAGCUGUGAAUGCCAAAUGCGCUUCCCUGGAAAAGACAAAGCAGAGGCUGCAGAAUGAGGUGGAGGACCUGAUGGUUGAUGUGGAGCGAUCAAAUGCUGCCUGUGCAGCUCUGGACAAGAAGCAGAAGAACUUUGACAAGAUCUUGGCAGAGUGGAAGCAGAAGUACGAGGAAACGCAGGCUGAGCUGGAGGCCUCCCAGAAGGAGUCUCGCUCCCUCAGCACGGAGCUGUUUAAGAUGAAGAAUGCCUAUGAGGAGUCCCUGGACCACCUGGAAACGCUGAAGCGUGAGAACAAGAACUUGCAGCAGGAGAUUUCUGACCUCACGGAGCAGAUUGCAGAGGGAGGAAAGGCGAUUCAUGAGCUGGAGAAGGUCAAGAAGCAGAUUGAGCAGGAGAAGUCUGAAAUCCAGGCUGCUCUGGAGGAAGCUGAGGCCUCCCUCGAACAUGAAGAGGGGAAGAUCCUGCGCCUCCAGCUGGAGCUCAACCAGAUCAAGUCUGAGAUUGACAGGAAGAUAGCAGAGAAAGAUGAGGAAAUUGACCAGCUGAAGAGAAAUCACCUCAGGAUUGUGGAGUCCAUGCAGAGCACCCUGGAUGCUGAGAUCAGGAGCAGGAACGAAGCCCUGCGGCUGAAGAAGAAGAUGGAGGGAGACCUGAAUGAAAUGGAGAUCCAGCUGAGCCAUGCCAACCGCAUGGCUGCAGAGGCACAAAAGAACCUGAGAAACACUCAAGGAACACUCAAGGAUACCCAGAUACACUUGGACGAUGCUCUCAGGACACAGGAGGACCUGAAGGAGCAGGUGGCCAUGGUGGAGCGCAGAGCAAACCUGUUGCAGGCUGAAGUUGAGGAGCUACGGGCAGCCCUGGAGCAGACAGAGCGCUCCAGGAAAGUGGCUGAGCAGGAGCUUCUGGAUGCAACUGAACGUGUGCAGCUCCUCCACACUCAGAACACCAGCUUGAUUAACACCAAGAAGAAGUUGGAAACAGACAUUGUGCAAAUUCAGAGUGAAAUGGAAGACACCAUCCAGGAAGCCCGCAAUGCUGAAGAGAAGGCCAAGAAGGCCAUCACCGAUGCAGCCAUGAUGGCAGAAGAGCUGAAGAAGGAGCAGGACACCAGCGCCCACCUGGAGAGGAUGAAGAAGAACAUGGACCAGACAGUGAAGGACCUGCAGCACCGUCUGGAUGAAGCAGAGCAGCUGGCCCUGAAGGGAGGCAAGAAGCAACUCCAGAAGCUGGAAGCCAGGGUGCGGGAGCUGGAAGGGGAGGUUGAUUCUGAGCAGAAGCGCAGCGCUGAAGCCGUGAAAGGUGUGCGCAAGUACGAGAGGAGGGUGAAGGAGCUGACCUACCAGUGUGAGGAAGACAGGAAGAAUAUUCUCAGACUCCAGGAUCUGGUAGACAAACUGCAGAUGAAAGUGAAAUCCUACAAGAGACAAGCUGAGGAGGCUGAGGAGCUGUCCAAUGUCAACCUCUCCAAAUUCCGCAAGAUCCAGCAUGAGCUGGAGGAAGCCGAGGAGCGGGCUGACAUUGCAGAGUCACAGGUCAACAAGCUCCGUGUAAAAAGCCGGGAGUUUCAUGGCAAGAAGAUAGAAGAAGAAGAGUGAGGAUGUCAUAUGACAACAAAGUGGCCUGAGGAAUUCACAAAAUGUGAACUCUCUG